CGCCACGAGAGCCCACAGGCAGUGACUUCGCGGGAAGAGGGAAGUGGACACUUUGCCUGUUUGUUGACAUCGCGGCCAACUCAUCGGCGGCGGCACAGGCGGCGACGACGGCGGCCGCUCUUCUCUCUUGGCGCUGCACUUCUCUCGGGCUUCCUCUGAGGGUGCCAGGGCUCCGGCAGGCAGCAGUUCUCGAGGAUCAUCGGCUUUGGGGGUGUACUCGUCGUGUGGAUUGCAGGCCAGCAGGUGAGGGGGAGGGGGAGGAAUGUCACGAGACAGGCGCAGCAAGUAGGACUGUCAGACCGGGAUUACGGUGGCAAGAGACCACAAGCAUCAUUGACUCUCCAGGCCAAAGUCGAGUGACCAGCAACAUGAGUGGAGCCGGUAGCAGUGACAGUGGGCUCGACCUGUCAGGAAAGCUUAUCAUUAAGGCCCAGUUGGGUGAUGAUAUCCGAAGGAUCCCCAUCCACAAUGAAGACAUGACCUAUGAUGAACUGAUCCUAAUGAUGCAGAGAGUCUUUCGGGGCUCCUUGUCACCAGAUGAUGACAUUACCCUUAAAUAUAAGGAUGAAGAUGGUGACCUAGUGACCAUUUUUGACAGCUCUGAUCUGGCUUUUGCCAUUCAGUGCAGCCGCAUCCUCAGGCUCACCAUCCUCCCCAAUGGCCAGAAGUCAGCUGCCGUGGCUCCUCCCUUCUCAACACUGACUGUCCGACGAGAACUGCGAGCAAUCCGUGACCGAGUUACAGCUCUGCUUGACACCCUUGAUGUGUCUGCUGAUAUUGGGCCUAAGGCCACUGUUGAUUCUGAUACUAGUGGUGGCAAUAGUGGGGCUACUGGUUCUCCAGCACCAAACUCCAACAUGCAGUUAAAUGUUUCCUCAAAGGAAUUUGAUCCUCUCCAGGCAUCUGAACAACAGCAACCAACUCAGCAGCAACAGCCCAAAGCUCAGACAAACAGUCAGCAGCAUCCACCAGUCAGUACACCCACUCCAGCAGCAGGGGCACAGAGUGAAGUGUCAGCCGUUGAUCAAGAUGCAACGGCUUAUGAAGAAGUCAUGUCAUCAUUUGGCAUCACAGAAGUGAUUUUCGCCAUUCUUGCUGAAAUUGAGUUAAAUGCAUUUUCAAGGAGUUCCUAGGCCCCCAGUUCUCCC